CGUUAGCCUUGUCCGUCUCACCUUGCUCGUGCUUCUGUUGCUACCCUCGGCGGAAAAAAUAAAUAGCUUCCAGAACCCCGUCCCCGACCUUUCUCUACCGUCUACACAGCAAAAAUACACAUACACGUCGAGCUUCUUCAACAAUGGUCUCCAUCUCCACCAUCACCACCGGCGGCGUCGCUGCUCUCCAUGUCUACAUCAUGGCGCUGGAAAUGUUCCUCUGGACAACGCCCCGCGGCCGCCGCUCGUUUGGCCUCACGGCGCAGUUUGCUGAGCAGACCAAGGUCCUCGCCGCCAACCAGGGCCUCUACAACGGCUUCCUUGCUGCUGGCCUCGUCUGGGGCCUGCUUCACCCCGUCGCCGACUUUUCGCGCCAGAUCCAGCUCUUCUUCAACGGCACUGUUGUUGUUGCCGGCCUGUACGGCGGAUUGACUUCGUCGAGCCGAAUCCUGUUGGUUCAGGGUGUUCCUGGACUGAUUGGCCUUGCCACUGCCUACUUUUCGCGAUAAGCAACAGCUUGAAUACAAAAUAAUUGGAGCUAGAGGGAUGCAAGGGAAUAAUAUGAGCGUGGAAAAGAGACGGGCGAGCAAUGGAACUAUAUCGGAGCCGUUUGGCGCGUUUUUGUAUAUUGGGCAACUUGUCAAUGGGAUGGGCAUA